AUGGCCUCCUCCAGCAGCUACCCUCGGAGCUUCGUGCUGCCCACGACUGAAGACCAGACCACUCGGCGCUUCCCUAGAUCCAAGCCCCUCUCUAGCAUUGAUGAGACCCCAACAGUCCCACUGGAGGACAUGCGUGGAUCACUUGGAGUCUCCAGGUGCCGCGAAGCAGACUUGAACGGCACAACCUUCCGAGAGGUGGAGUGCAUGAUUGUCGAGCUCACGGCCAAGGCCGAACAGGAAGAGUCGGAGCACAAGAAAAUCGUCGAGCGCAUCGCCUCCUACGAAAAGGCCAUGGAAAUCCUCACGUUCUACAUGAUAUGGGACAACCUGUCCAACAGCAGCGAGCCGCACACGAGCAAGUUCAAGACCAUGGCCAAGAAGCUCAGCAAAGCCCUCAACAAUGAGCCCACGGCCCUGCUUCACGCCUGGGACGUCCUCUUCGAUGCCGGGGCUCUUGGUCCCGCCGUCGUCCUGCCACUGCCCGGGUGCUCGCGCUCACAGGUGUACAGGGAGCUCGCUGCGUUGUGCGCCGAGUGCCUCGGGCACCUCGGGGCGGAGGCUGCCAGGAAGGUAUUCGGCCGCCCGGGGACGGUCAAGGGUGAGCAGCAGCAGCCCGCCCGCGGCAAUAACAAGGCAAAGCCGAGCGAUCUCAACAGCACCGUCAAUGUCUGCACCGACGUCAGCUGCUUCAACACGUUCCAGGUGUUCUACUACCGCGAGCGCGACGGGCUCGGCAACAUGCACGGGACGAAGGCCACGUCCGCACAAGGCAGGGAGCUGUUCAACGAAUGGGUUCGCAUCCGCAACCGUCUGCUGUACCAGGAGAGACCGGCUGCUGCAAAGGCGGCGGCGCUUCAUCGCGAGGCGCUUUACCUGCUCGAGACGCGCGGGCCAGCUGCUGUUGAGGAGCUGGAAGAGACGAGGAAGAUGCCCGAGGUCCUUGGCGUGUUGAAAAAGAUGUUGUAG